UGUUUUCGUUUACCAGCUAAUUUAUAUAUUUUGUUUUCGUAAAAUGUCACUAUUUGCGUUUUUAAAGAGCCGCACCGUUUUCUGGCUAAGCCUUACCGGUACCACGACAGGAUUGGCCUUCUUCGUCAAGGACCUUAUGCAAGGCGGUCAGUUCACCAAAGAGACCAAUGAAACCGGCAAAGUGGUAAUCGUGACCGGCGCCAACACGGGAAUCGGCAAGGAGACGGCCAGGGAGAUUGCAAGGCGCGGUGGCACAGUCUAUAUGGCAUGCAGGAACAUCAAAAAAUGUGAAGAGGCGCGCGAGGAAAUCGUUCUGGAGACAAAGAACAAAUAUGUGUACUGCCGCCAAUGCGACCUGGCCUCCCAGGAGUCCAUCCGCCACUUUGUUGCUGCCUUCAAACGGGAACAGGAACACCUGCACGUACUCAUCAACAACGCCGGUGUCAUGCGCUGUCCCAGAUCACUCACCUCAGAUGGCAUCGAACUGCAGCUGGGAGUGAACCACAUGGGCCACUUCCUGCUCACCAACUUGCUUUUGGAUCUUCUGAAGAAAUCCGCGCCCAGUCGGAUCGUAAAUGUCUCCAGUUUGGCGCACACUCGGGGAGAAAUCAACACGGGCGAUCUGAACAGUGACAAAUCCUACGACGAAGGCAAGGCCUACAGUCAGAGUAAGCUGGCCAAUGUGCUCUUCACAAGGGAGUUGUCCAAAAGACUGGAGGGCACUAAUGUAACGGCAAAUGCCCUGCAUCCUGGUGUGGUGGACACAGAAAUUAUCAGGCACAUGGCCUUCUUCAAUAACUUCUUUGCUGGACUGUUUGUUAAGCCCUUGUUUUGGCCCUUCGUUAAGACUCCCAGGAACGGUGCUCAGACCACGUUGUAUGUGGCCCUGGAUCCCGAACUGGAAAAGGUGACUGGACAAUAUUUUAGCGACUGCAAGCUAAAGGAAAUGUCACCGGCUGCCACGGACACACAAACAGCCAAAUGGCUCUGGGCUGUCAGUGAAAAGUGGACUAAACCAACGAUGAUCAAAGUACACUAGUUCGUGUUGUAAAAUAUUUUUCUGACAAUUAUUCUGUUACUUCGCAUAAAUUUUCAGUUUUUUACCGUCAA